CUCCACCAACUGUCACUUCACUUGCCCCGUGGAGGGAGAAGGGGGAGGGGGGGAGUGCCUCCAACGGUCAGUCCUGCGCGUCCCCCGCGCAGGUGCGCUGCUCCUUCGACCUUUGGUCGCGCGCUUAGUGGCGGCGGCGUGCGCUAGGAGGAAGCGUUGUUGCGACGGCAACCGCGUCUACAGGGACGGGAGGGCCUCGAGUGAGGGGCCCAUCGAGUCAGAACGUGGCUGGCGCGCGGCCCGCGAUGUUCGCGGGCGGUUGGCGAGCAGUCGCUCCCCUCGCUACGUACUCCGAGACCGCGGGCAGCGGGCGGGCAAGGUUGGAGCCGUCCCCGGAGAGGGGCGCAGGAGGGUGCGGUCCGGAAGAUCCGAUCUGCCGGGGCAUAUUUCAGGUCGAGAAAAGAAGCUGCGACGUCGUGUUGACAUCGAGCAGAUUGAUAUGGACGCCGAUUGAGCCGGAGAGCCCGGCAGAUGACGAUAAGGUGGUUUCCCGAAAUAAGACGGAAUUUGUGGAGCUGAAAGAAGUAUUUGGUGUAAAGAUGAAACGUCGACGAUCUGCAAGGCAACAAACGGGAGGAACCUUGUUAGGAAUCGCCAUCUUUGAGUGUAUUAAAAAAGGACAAAAUAAGCUCAAAAGUCGUGCGAUUCACCUAAGCAAUUUAAGUGAAGAUUACUGCAAUGUUUGGUUUAAAUAUCUGAAAGAUAUUCUGAAUGUUACAGAGCAUGAAGGACAUGCUUUUUCAGUUCUCAAGGAAUGUGAUAUUCAAGAAUUUGAUGGUCUUGUGUGUGUGGGUGGUGAUGGGACUGCAAGUGAAUUGGCCCAUGGUUUACUCCUCCGAGCCCAGAUUGAUGCUGGGAGGGACAUCGAUUCCAACUUCACGCCUGUCAGAGCACCACUUCCUCUCGGCAUAAUACCAGCAGGUUCCACAAAUAUCUUGGCAUUUUCUGUGCAUGGAAUUAAACAUCCAGGUACAGCAGCAAUGCAUAUCAUUAUGGGUAACUUCCAAGAAGUGGAUGUUUGCACCUUUAGCAGUCAUAACAGGCUACUUCAAUUCGGUUUCUCAGCUAUGUUUGGCUUUGGUGGAAGAACCCUGGCCUUAGCCGAAAAGCAUCGUUGGAUGCCUUCCAGCCAGCGGAAAGAGUUUGCUGUUAUCAAAACACUGACAAAUCUUAAGCCUGAAAAUUGUGAACUAUCCUUUCUACUAUCAGAAAAUGUUCAUGUGGUAGCUCAGAAAGGCGAAAGAAAUGAAGAUGAAAUGAAUGCUAUUGAACAACGUAAUGAUGAAGAUAAAUGGCAAACCAUACAGGGACAUUUCCUCAAUAUUAGCAUCAUGGCUAUUCCAUGUCUUUGUUCUAUGGCACCAAGAGGCCUAGCACCUCAUACCAGUUUGGAUAAUGGAAGCAUGUCACUUAUUGCUGUCCAAAAUUGUUCGAGAGCAGAUUUCAUAAAACACCUGAAACGAUAUGGUAACUUAAAGAACCAGUUUGAUUUCCCCUUUGUGCAGACUUAUACAGUCCAGGAAGUUAAAAUCCUUACAGAAACCAAACACAGAUGGACAGACAUAACUUCAGACGAAAAUGCUGAUUCUCAUUCAUAUCACUCCUCUGUGAAUUCUCUGAAAGAAAACUGUCCAUGGAAUGUUGAUGGCAACUUGAUGGAGGGAACUUCAGAAGUUCAUAUAAAGAUCCACUCACAACUAAUUACUCUGUAUGGAAGGAAUAUUGAAGAAUGUGAUGAUGUUACAGUAAAGUGCAGCUGCCUAUAGUGACAAAAGUACCAAAGGUUUCCCAGAGUGGUUUGGUUGUCACUGAACUUUUGUGAGGAGAUGAAGCAGAAUUAUUUUCAGACCAUAGCCACAGUGAAUCUCUGUGCGAUUGUGCUUUUUUUAAAUCAAAUGUCUACUUUUAGUUAAUUUCUGUAUUUGCAUAACAUACUUGUGUAUAAAUUUUAUAGUUGACAUUUUGUUUUCUGAGAAGUGUACUUUUAUGAAUGUUAUAUAUUGCUUACCAAUUUCUGUAAUGUUAAAGAAAGAUUUCCUGUUAAUGGUGUUCAUUUAAUGUCUAAAUUGGUGAUAUUUAUGUCGCCCACAGUGAAAUUCUGAUGGUGUAUUGUUCAAAUGUUUCAUUCUACAAUCAAAAGAAUGAGGAUAUGGGUAUAACCUGUUGGUUAUUUCUCAUUCUGCAAAUAACAGGAAUAUUACAGUAAGAAACCAGUAGAAUUUAACAUAGGAAUUUCUAAAACAGUAAAAUCACUUCAUGGCUAAUUGUGAAAGUACUAUCAAAGGUAAUGCGUGGAAAUUAAGUAAUAUAUUUUAUAGAACACAUCCUGUUUUGAAGUCAAGAAAAUGAAG